GAAUAUGGUGCUUACCGGUUCCAUGGACUUCUAGUUGGUGUGGAGUUAGGAUUUAAAUCGGUCACAGAGUUGCUGAGCCUGCAGGAAGAGAUAACAUGAAUCAGCUGUAAGGACCCCAGGACUGACAACAGUGAAGCAGCGAGGGUUGUCACCUAGCAUGCAAGAUGGCGACCCUAUCGCUCAAGAUCAGCGUUGUGGGGAGCAACAUCGUCAAGACGAUGCAGUUCGAGCCGUCCACCAUUGUCUACGAUGCUUGUAGAAUUAUCCGAGAAAGAAUCGCCGAAACCACACAAGGAAACCAUUCAGAUUUUGGACUGUUCCUGGCUGACGAGGACCCUAAGAAAGGAGUAUGGCUAGAGCAGGGCCGCAGCCUGGAGUACUACCUGCUGCGGAAUGGGGAUCUGCUCGAGUACAAGAAGAAGCAGCGCAUCCUGAAGGUGCGGACGCUGGACGGGGCUCUGAAGACCCUACAGGUGGACGACAGCCACACAGUCGGGCAGCUCAUGAUCACCAUCUGCACCAGGAUGGGUAUCACCAACCACGAGGAGUACUCCCUGGUGCGUGACCUGCCGGACGAUGAGAAGGAGAAGACACUGACGCUGAAGAGAGACAAGUCCAUCGCUAAGGACCAGAAGAAGCUGGAGGAGAUGAAGAAGAAACUCCACACUGAUGAUGAAAUGAACUGGCUGGACCACAGUAAGACACUGAGGGAGCAGGGCAUUGACCCCAACGAGAUACUGCUGCUCAGGAGGAAGUUCUUCUUCUCCGAUCAGAAUGUCGACGCCCGUGACCCCGUCCAACUCAACCUCCUCUAUGUCCAGUCUCGUGACGCCCUGCUGAACGGCACCCACCCUGUGAGUCAGGAAGAAGCGAUACAAUUUGCUGGGUUACAGUGUCAGAUACAGUUCGGUGACCACGUCGACUCCAAACACCGACCGGGCUUCCUAGACCUGAAAGAAUUCCUGCCAAAAGAAUACAUGAAAAUCAAAGGAGUUGAAAAGAAGAUUUAUGUUGAACACAAGAAGUGGGCCAGCAUGUCCGAGAUUGAGUCCAAGGUCAAGUACACCCACUUGUGUCGGUCUCUCAAGACCUACGGUAUCACCUUCUUCCUAGUCAAGGAGAAGAUGAGGGGGAAGAACAAGCUGGUCCCGAGGCUGCUGGGCAUCACAAAGGACAGCGUGGUGCGAGUGGACGAGAAGACCAAGGAGAUCAUGAAGACCUGGCCACUGACCACUGUCCGCAGAUGGGCAGCCUCUCCCAACAGCUUCACCCUGGACUUCGGCGACUACUCCGACACCUACUACUCCGUGCAGACGACGGAGGGAGAGCAGAUCUCACAGCUCAUCGCUGGCUACAUCGACAUCAUCCUCAGGAAGAAAAAAGCCAAGGACCACCUUGGUCUGGAUGGAGACGAGAACUCAAUGAUGAUGGAGGACAACGUACUGCCGGCGAAGGCAACCAUCAUCCAGCACCAGUCGUCCAACGUGUCCCACCCCCAGUCCGGGUCUGUGGCGAUCCCCGCAGUGCUGCGUGACGGGGGUCAGGGGGAGUCGACGUUCGGGAUGGGCAGCAUGCAGCAGGUGCAGUCGUCGCACGUGACAAACCUCGCGCACGCUGGACAUGCCGCCCCUCAUGGACAGAACGCCCAGCAGCACGGCCUCAACCAAUCCCAGAAGGCCUUGCUGUCCACCAUCGAGGAGGGUCUGUCGUCCGUCAACAUGGCGCAGACCGAUCUACAACAGAGGGCACAGGUGCCCAAGCUCGGAUCAGACGCGGCUUCCAAGAAAUGGCGUGAGAACCAGCUGGAUCUGAACAGACAGAAGGUGGGCUCCCAGCUGUCCGCCAUGAACGCCGCCACUGCACAGCUCGUCACGCUCACCUCCGGCAAGGAGGACGAGAUCGACUACAACGCUGUCGGCUCAGCCGUCCAUCAAAUUUCGUCCAACCUGGGUCAGUUCAGCCGGGAUGUCAAGAUGGUGGCUGCCUUGCAGGAGGAGAACAAUGAUAAACUGCUGGAUGCGGCACGAUGCCUCGCUGGCGCCUUCUCCGACCUCCUCAAUGCUGCCACACCUGCUAAUGUAGAGCCACGUCAGAACCUGCUGGCAGCAGCCAGUAAGAUCGGAGAGGCCAGCCAAGAGGUCAUGGAUGAGGUCGGCGAGACCACCGAGGACCUGGACAGAGUCUUCCAGGACACGCUGUUGUCGUUGGCCAAGGCUGUUGCUAACGCUACAGCAGCUCUGGUGCUGAAGGCCAAGAACGUAGCCUCCAAGACGGAGGACCAGGGUCUGCAGAACAGGGUCAUCAGCUCCGCCACGCAGUGCGCCCUCGCAACGUCCCAACUGGUAGCCUGCACCAAGGUUGUGGCGCCCACCAUCGGGAACCCUGCCUGCCAGGAACAACUGAUCGAGGCUGCCAAGCUCGUCGCCAAGUCCGUGGAGGGCAUAGUGGAGGCUGCGCAGUCUGCGUGUAAGGACGACCACCUGCUGCAGGAUCUCGGCGGCGCUGCCACGGCCGUCACCAAGGCCCUCAACGACCUCCUGCAACAUAUCAAGAAGGCUGCUGUGCCUGUCAGGGCCAGUGAGCAGCAUGAGGAGGCCGUGGACCAGAUCAUCACCGUCACAGACAACCUGUUCAGCAGUGUGGGCGACGCCCACGAGAUGGUCAAACAGGCCAGACACCUGGCACAGGCGACGUCCCAGCUGGUGAGUGCCAUCAGGAACCAGGCGGAGACCAACACAGACUCUGAUGUACAGAAGCGUCUCCUAGCAGCAGCCAAACAACUGGCCGAUGCUACAGCCAAACUGGUGGAAGCCGCCAAGGGCUGUGCCUCCAACCCCAACGACUCAGACCAACAACAGAUUCUCCGGUCUGCGGCGGAGGAGUUGCGGUCGGCCACCAAUGCCGCUGCCAGCAACCAGUUGAAGAGGAAGCUGAUCAACAGGCUGGAGAACGCCGCCAACCAUGCAGCCGCUGCCGCCACUCAGCUCAUCAACUCCUCCUCCCUCGCCAACAAGACGAACCGUAACGCCACCACGGAGGCUCAACUGAGACAACAGUGUGAGGCUGUGAAUGAGGAGAUCCCACCGCUGGUUCACGCUAUCCGGGCCUCACAACGGAGUCAGGACAGCGCCACCGCGCAGCUGUCCCUCAUCAACGCCAGCCAGGACUUCAUCCAGCCGGCCAGCAGGAUGGUGGCUGCCGCCAAUGCCGCUGCUCCAACAGUGACGGACCAGGCUGCCGUCCUCAACCUCCACAACAGCGUCAAAGCCAUGACAUCAGCAUUGGCAGAACUCAGGACAGCCUCAUCCAAGGCCCAGGAGGCGUGUGGUACACUGGAGGUGGAGUCAGCCCUGGACCAGGUGCAUGGCCUCAACUACCAGCUGGACGAGAUCAAGAGGGCCACAAACGAAGGACGCCUUGUACCCCUGCCUGGAGAGACGGCUCAGUCAGCUGCUCUCCAGCUGGGAACGACAUCCAAGACGGUCGGCUCCUCCAUGGCCCAACUUCUCACAGCAGCAGCUCAGGGUAAUGAAGACUAUGUGGGUAUUGCCGCUCGCGACACUGCCAACGCGUUGCGGGUGCUGACAUCAGCAGUUCGAGGCGUUGCGGCCACGACGACGGACCGGCAGGUGCAGCACGCCAUCAUUGAGUGUGCCCAGGACAUCAUGGACAAGUCCGUCCUGCUUCUGGAGGAAGCCAAGAGAGUGAUGCGGGAUCCGAGCAACCCUGAGAACAUACAGAGGCUCAACCAGGUGUCUAAGAGUGUAUCUAAUGCUCUCAACAACUGCGUGAACUGCCUUCCUGGUCAGAGAGAUGUGGAUGCCGCGUUGAGACACAUCACCGCCUCCAGCCAGACUCUCUCCUCCCCCAAGUUCCCCAAUACUGGCAAGUCGUACCAGGACGUCCAGAUCGACAUGAACAACGCCGCGGUGGGCUUGAACCAGGCGGCCAGCAACAUCGUGACGUCAUCCCGCGGCACUCCCCAGCAGCUGGCAAUGUCUUCCUCCCAGUACGGACACUCCUACCAGGAGUUUGUGGACACUGGACUCACCAUGGCCGGACUCUCCAAGGACGUGGAGACACAGAACCAGAUCGUGGGCGGACUGAAGAGCGUGUCCAUGGUCUCCAGUAAGCUGCUGCUGGCGGCCAAGUCGGUGUCUGCCGACCCUAAUGCCCCCAACGCCAAGAACCUGCUGGCUCAGGCGGCAAGGGCGGUGACAGAGAGCAUCAACCACCUCAUCAACAUCUGCACCGUCUCCGCACCCGGUCAGAAGGAGUGUGACAGCGCACUGCGGCAGAUAGAGAUGAUGCACAAUCUCCUUGACAAUGCCAAUGAGCCAAUCAGUGAUGCCCCAUAUUUCGAGUGCCUUGAUGGAGUUAUGGACAAAUCAAAGCCAACAGGCGGCCAUCUUGAGAGUCUGGGAGAAGCCAUGACAGGAAUCUCGCAGCACGCAAAGAAAGGAGAAAUCGAUGAGUUCUGUGACUCGGUGCGGAAUUUCGCUAACUCAGUGUGUGGUUUGACAGAAGCCUCUGGACAGGCUGCCUACCUGGUAGGCAUCGCUGACCCUGCCUCAGAGCCCGGCCGGCCCGGCGUUGUUGACCAGUCCCAAUUCUCCCGGGCCAACCAGGCCAUUCAGAUGGCCUGUCAGAACCUCACCAACCCUGCCAGCUCGCAACAGCAGUACUACGAGUCAUGGGCUGUAAGAUCAAUGGCUGUUGUGCGCCUCCCAUCCAGAGAGCAGGUGCUGUCUGCUGCUACUGUCGUCGCCAAGCACACGUCCGAGCUGUGUAACGCCUGCAGGCUAGCCUCUUCCAAGACAACCAACCCUGUUGCCAAGAGACAUUUUGUACAGAGUGCCAAGGAUGUCGCUAACAGCACGGCCAUGCUAGUCAAGGCCAUCAAGGCGUUGGACAGUGACUUCACAGAUGCAAAUCGGCAGCAGUGUGCAGAAGCAUCCCGGCCUCUCAUCAAUGCUGUGGAGGAACUCACCACCUUUGCCUCGUCACCCGAGUUCGCCAGUAAACCUGCCAAGAUCAGCCACCAGGCACGUCGUGCCCAGGAGCCAAUCACAAUGUCGGGCAAGGCGAUGAUAGACGGGGCGUGUAACAUGCUGCAGGCUGCCAAGCAGCUGGCCAUCAACCCCCGCGACCCCCCAACAUAUCAGCUGUACUCCAACCACUCCAAGAGCGUGUCGGAUGCCAUCAAGAGGCUCGUGUCCGCCAUCAAGGACACUGCCCCUGGUCAAAAGGAAUGCGACAUCGCCAUUGAGAAGCUGAACCACACGAUCCGCGAUCUCGACCAGGCGUCACUGGCUGCCAUCAGCCAGAACCUGGGUCAGCGUAAUGACAAAACUCUCAAGGCCUUCCAAGAGCAGAUGAUCAACAGUGGCCGCGAAAUCCUCGACACCAUCGAGGCCAUCCAGCGGGCUGCCAAGUGCAAACCAGAAAACCUCGGACACCUGAUCAACACCAUGUCCUCCUACUUUGAGCCUCUGGCUGAUGGGGCCAUCGGGACAGCCUCCAGAACACUCAACUCCAAACAACAGAUGAAUGUCCUUGACCUUUCCAAGACAGUUGCCGAGUCAGCACUUCAGUUCCUCUACGCUUGUAAGGAGAGUGGUGGAAAUCCAAAGGCAAUGCAGGCCCAUGGCAACGUGGACGGAGCGGCGGAGGACAUGAAGGAUGUCCUUCAAGACCUGCUGCAGACCAUCGAGGAGGCCGCCUCCCAAUCUGGCGCCGUCAGCAGCAUGAUCGACAGCAUCAGCAAGUCCAUGGCACGGACUGAUGAAAUUAUUGCCACGGAGGGAACAUCGUUCGUGGACUAUCAGACCAACAUGGUGCGCCUCUGUAAACAGAUCGCCAGAUCCGCAUAGGACAUGAUCGGCAAGUCCUCCACCAAUGUCCAGGACCUGGGUCAGCUGGCCAACCUGUUGACCCGCGACUACAGCCAGCUAUCUAACAACUCCCGGGGGGCUGCCGCUGCCACCAACAACCUUGACAUCGGCAACCGUAUCCGGACCGCCGUGCAGGACCUCGGACGCAGCUGUGUGGAGGUGGUGCAGGACGCCGGCAACCUCCAAGCCAACCCCACCGACUCCUACGCCAGGAAGGACCUGUCGGAACACGCCAAGAGCAUCUCCGAGAAGGUCUCCUUCGUCCUGGCAUCCCUCCAGGCUGGUUCUCGGGGCACACAGGCCUGCAUCAACGCAGCCAGCACCGUCAGCGGCAUCAUCGGUGACCUCGACACCACCAUCAUGUUUGCUACAGCCGGAACCCUUAAUGCUGAUGGCUCCGAGUCCUUUGCUGAUCAUAGGGAGAGCAUCCUGAAGACAGCCAAGGCCCUGGUUGAGGAUACAAAGACUCUGGUGGCUGGAGCUGCAUCCAAUCAGGAGCAGCUUGAGGCAGCGGCUCAGACGGCCGUAAAGACCAUCACGAGACUAGCUGAUGUUGUGAAGCUAGGCGCCGGCUCGCUGGGGUCUGAACAGCCAGAAGCACAGGUUCUCCUGAUCAAUGCCGUCAAGGACGUCGCCUCCGCAUUGUCCGACCUCAUCAGCGCGACCAAGAACGCUUCGGGGAAGAGUGUCAACGACCCCGCCAUGCUUCACCUGAAAGACUCGGCAAAGGUGAUGGUGACGAAUGUGACGUCGCUGCUGAAAACAGUGAAGACCGUGGAGGACGAGGCUGUGAGAGGAACACGGGCCCUCGAGUCGACUGUUGAGGCAAUCGGACAGGAGAUCAGGGCCUACGACACGGCAGAGAUCUUCAAGAAAGCCAAUGCCGAGGAUCUCAUCCGCUUCACCAAACCCAUCACAAACGCCACAGCCAAGGCUGUCGCUGCUGGCAACUCUUGUCGCCAGGAAGACAUCAUUGCGGCUUCCAACAUGGGCCGAAAAGCCAUCUCCGAUUUGCUGAGUAUCAGUAGGGGAGCUGCUGCUACUGCUGAGACGGCUGAGAUCCGACAGCGCGCCAUCAACGCCGGCCGAAUGUGUGGUGUGUCCUACAGGGAACUUCUUGAAAGCGUCCACCAGGCUGUGGUCCGACCGACGCCAGAGGCAAAGCAGCAGUUGAUGCUGAUCUCACGUAAAGUAGCCAAUGCCGUCACGGAGCUGGUCCAGUCUGCUGAGGCCAUUAAAGGCCAGUUUCUACCAUCGCUACUGGACUCAGUAGAGAUCCGCUGGUCUUAUAACGUGCCAGGUACAGACUGGGUUGACCCCGAUGACCCUACAGUCAUUGCUGAGAACGAGCUCCUCAGUGCUGCCAACUCCAUUGAGGCUGCGGCAAAGAAACUGGCCCAGCUGCGACCUCGACCUUCAGCCAAGCAAGCAGAUGAGAAUCUCAACUUUGAGCAGCAGAUUCUUACUGCAGCCCAAGCCAUCGCCGCGGCAACAGCAGCCUUAGUUAAAUCUGCAUCUGCAGCUCAGAGGGAGCUGGUAGCCCAGGGCAAGGUGGGAUCUACCUUCCACAGACAUGCUAUGGACGAAGACGGACAGUGGUCUGAGGGUCUUAUCUCCGCGGCUCGGAUGGUGGCAGCAGCCACUCACUCACUCUGUGAGGCAGCCAACGCCAUGGUUCAAGGUCACGCCAGUGAGGAGAAACUCAUCGCAUCUGCCAAGGAGGUCGCAGGGUCAACUGCUCAGCUUCUUAUGGCCUGCAAGGUCAAGGCCGACCCAGGUUCCGUGGCCAUGCAGAGGCUGCAGUCUGCCGGCAACGCUGUGAAGAAAGCCACAGAGGCGCUGGUGCGGGCAGCUCAGCAGGCUAAGGACUUCGUUGAUGAGGGCACCAGCCUCACUGUCAACAAGAGGAUGGUGGGCGGCAUUGCACAGGAGAUCAUGGCCCAGGAAGAGAUCCUGCGGAAGGAGCGCGAGCUGACAGAGGCCCGCAGGAAGCUGGAGAUCAUCAGGAAGGAGAGAUACAAGGACCGACCUCCAGAGGAGUAUGAUUCCUCCUCCUCCUUCUAGACCAGCAUAGUAGCACAGACGGACUGACUGGAGGGAUUCCACGACAACAGGGGCACCGUGUACACCAUGCAGGGGCAGACAACUCAUGCUGUGAUCUCUGGAUCCAUGCAGACUCUACAUCUCCAGCAGUUGUCCUCUGUCUACACACACACUGAAUUAGGCUGGCUUUCUUAGUGUAGGCAACAAAUGGCAGGUGUGUGGUGUUAGCGUGGUGAGUGACCAAGGGGCAUUGAUGACUGUGUGGCUGUGUGCUCAGCUUCUAGAUUCUAGCUUAGACAGUGGACAGAUGACACUCAGAUGUACCGACACAGACAGACAGAAAGGUCAACAAGGACUACACGUCUGCCACAUCCUUUCUGCUUCAUGUAUUGUAGUUCAUCACCGUUCAGAUACCAAAGGAUUUACCAUGUCAGAUUUAACUGAAAGCAAUUUCUACACAAAUUAAAUGCAUUGUUUAUUGAUUUUAUUUUCCGCAAUAGAAAACAAACUGAUUGUCCAUUCUUAGAACUGGAACCAUGUGAUAUUGUUGGUGAUCGUUGAUCCUGAAGAUUCUCGCAGUCCGGCCAGCCAGUCUGUACAGGUUCCUGUCCGCUGUUUGUCCGUCUCACUGCUGCCAGUGAACAGGGAGGUCUUGUAGCAAGGAACAAAUGUGGGACAAUUUUUACCAUGCAUAAUCUGAAAAUUGUCUCAAAGCCUUAUUGAAGUUUGGGUUGGAUUGUGGCUGCUUCGAGCUAGCUUCAUGACGUAGUGUGAGUGUAGACUGUAUAUUUACGUGCUGCUGCAGAAGGGGGAGGAAGCUUGGACCGUAUCUCGUAGUCGACUUUGCUUUGUUUUGUUGAUAUAUUUCACUAAGGUGCUAAACAAAACCACAUCGGUUUAUUCUGCCUGUCGAGUUGUCUCCCUUAGAUGACCUGUAUAUAGCCUGCAGCCAUAGUGCUUUAAGUUUCCAACUCAUCCCAGGGCUUUCUGCAGACUCCGCACGUCUGUGGAUUGGGGGCCAACGUUGCUAGUUUCCUGAUCAGAUUACAUACAUGAGUUGGAUUGAUGACAUGACAGUGAGUGAAACAAUAUUUGUAGUACGAUAAUUGUAAUGUGCUGUGAUUAAAUCGCUGUCUGAUUUGCUGUAUACAAGUCGUGUGAUUAGAAACUGCAAAUGUUUACUGAGGUUCUGACCUUGAGAGGUGAUAUUUCUACCAAACUGGGGCUGUUCCAGUUUCUGUCCUUAUUAAAAAUGGAACAAAAAGGAAAAUAUUGGUAUGAUUAAAUAUUUCCCUGUUUAUUAUUUAAUGAUAUCAAGGAAGUUGUUUAAGUUAAAUAACUUAAUGUUAAAUACACUGACGCCUUCUGCAUCUUGAAAUACUGAACUACACAAGCAUAACAUGGCAUUGAAUCCAUCCAAAAUUGACCAAAGUGUUAAGUAGUAGUGAUUAGACUUGAGGGAUGGUUUGUUUCUACAUGUCCUGCCAGUCUCAUAACGACUCGUAUCGCCAGACAGGUGGUGAAUACUGGGACUAUAUUCCACGCGAGUCUGCCCCCAUUGGAUUACGAUAGUCUUAGUGGAGCUGGUCCACUCUGUAGCUUUUGAUAUUUAUUUGACAAGUAAAUGUAAACCCUGGUAGAGGUUGAAAGUGUGCUUUGGUUUUGCUUCAUAUUUACAGCUAAUCCCUCGAUACCCCCUUUUGGAUAUGAAAUAACCCGAAACAAUAUAGGGGCCACGUUAAUGGACAUCUCAGUGGACCAUAGGAGAUCUUUUAUCAUGUUGUCAUAUAGCAUAAUACAUAGAUCUGAUCGGCUUAUCCAACAUUCUGUCUUCCAUUUAACAAAAUUUAUAUUCUUUCGAUAAUGUUCUUCUGGGUAGUGCAUGGUAGGAAAACAAUUUUCUUCUGUGGUUUUGAGUUUGUAUCUGAUAUUGGACUUUCUGUGACAUUUUAUUUAAAAAAAUAUUCUUUCACAAUUUUUAGAUAUUUUUCCUUGCAUUUUGUUUGCCAAAAUGUUCUGAUGAUAAAUGUUGAUAAAAUGUAUUAAGAAUAAUUUGCAGAUACUAUAGUGUAUGUAGUCAGUUUGUAAAGGGAGGUAACUGUUGCAUGACAAAGGGAGAUAACCCUGGUUUUAUCAGCUACAUGCAUAUUAUACAUAUCCCAGUAUUGCCCCUGUAGGGGCACUGUAUGUAACCUAAUUCUGUUCCUGUGUGUUAUUGUGUACACCCUAUACAGACCUCCAGCACCUCGGUCUCCAUCUUCACUGGACUAGCAGUCCCAGGGCACAUACACAACUCACCUCUACUUGAAGCUUAGCAACACGUUUCUAACAAUAAUUGCCAAACUUAAUAGAUAUGUUUUACAUGUUUUGACUGUGAGAAAAGCUUUUUUUCUUAGAAGUCAUAAUUUAGAAUAAUUCACAUGAUAGAAAGUUUAAAUGUAUCUAAAACACUGAAAAUAUCUAAAGCUGAUUGAACUUAGUGGGUUUUUUCCGGGCGGUGGGGUAGCCUUGUGGUUAAAGCAGUAACACGUCACGCCGAGGACCCGGUUCUUCACGUGGGCACAAUGUGUGAAGCCCAUUUCUGGUGUUCCCAACCAUGAUAUUGGAAAAGGGUCGUAAAACUAAACUCUCGGGUAUUUUAUCCCUGGGUUGGGGAAAUCCUAUGCCCUGUUGUUGCCUGUAGUUCUGCCGCCCCAGUGAAGGUGAUUGUGAGAUACGAGGGUUACUAUACAGCUUCUAGCAUUAUUGUGUAUAUUUCCCUGUACGUUUGUAUAUGCAUUUAUAUACAUACACUGCACAGGCGCAGUUAUCAUAAACAUGUUUAUGGCGAAUGUAUAUUUCAUAAUUCAUAAUAAUAAUAAGAAUAAAUGUCAUAUCAUCCA